GCCCUCCUGCCUGCCUGCCCACUCACUCCUCACUUUCGUGUCCUGUGCCCUCUCUCAAAGUUGUGACAGUGAGCAACGCGCAACGUUCCAAGAGAUGGAACUGAGCCGUAUAAAACAGUUGAUUUCAUGAGCCAUCGUAGAUCUUGGUAGUGAGUGAGUCAAGCGACAGUCCCACGAACACAGAGUAGAGGCGGGAGAUAUAUUCGAUUGUGAUGGCCAUGGUUUUUAGAAUUUAAAGUGUGGAGAGUGUAGGAGUAGAGGAAGUUUUUUACUUACUAACUAAACUUUACUUCUACGAACUUCUAACGGCUACGCUACGACACGCGGUUGGAGACCUGAAGACAAGAACGAUGGUCAGCCGAAUUUUGUACACAGCUUUUUCAUGCUAUUCUUCUAAAAUGUUUCUUGCACAUACGUUUCAAUCUUCAAGACAAUGGAGGAGUUUUGCCCCUUUCUUGACUGGAGCUAAGUUAAGUCAUCGGAGGAAACACACAAAGCCGUCAAUACCCCCUACACGGAUAAUGAGGUUGUACUCAAUUCAUGGAGCUAUCACCGAUGCUGGUUCUGCCAAAGAGUUUGUCUAUGCUUUAGACAAAAAUGAAAGGAGACAUUUGUAUGCUGAACUGGCUCGCUUUCACGGAGAUGAAGCUCUCAGCGUUGCAUCAGGCCCUGCCUUUCAUCGGGUUUGGCUUUCUGGACAAUUUUCUGAUGAUUGUAGCGGUCGGCCUCAUAUGUAGAGAGCCUAGCCAGUAAAGUUGGUGUGAGGAGCCCACACCUCAGCCCCAAACAGGUGGACAUGAGUAGUACCAAGUGGGCCUCUAACAUGGGCAAAGUGGUGGGCGUUGUCAUUGGUUGCCUUCUGGGAAUGUUCCCGCUGCUUUUCUUCAAGGACAAGGAGGUUCAGCAGGAGGAGGAGGAGGGGAAGACGAUAACGAACUCUGGUGGAUCGACAUAGGAGAAGAUGAUCUGGGAGGAGUGUGACAACAUGAGUUAUUUCUAGGAUUUUAGCCCAAUGGACAGAUACGUCAAAGAGGGUUUGCAAUUUAUUAGUAUGCAAUGGUAAAAGACAUGUUAACUUUUAUCUCCGAAAGGGGUAAACCCACUGUGCCAGGGCUUUGUUUUGGUACGAAAUCUAAAAGUGACAUAAACGUCGGUAAAUUGGUCAUUAAUUCAAUACAAAUCAACGUAUUUUGAUAGUUCUUUAUCUAAUUAAUGAACUUCAAGUAAAAGAGACUUGUUUUCAGCAAUUUCUGAAAAGUAAUUUGACGUGGAAGUCAUUGUAAAGGAAUGUGUCCGAGCCACUGCCAGCAGUUCUGACCGUGAUCCACUGGGAGCGGCUUGCCGGAGAUAUAGAGUUAAACUUGAAGAAUACAACAUCAGUUGAAAAUCUACAAAUUCCCCCUUUGUGUUGAUUUUCGGCUGUUAUCACCAUAACCAGAUUGUAGGAAGUAACUCAUUUUGUCAGCGCGCCUCACAAUUACAACAAUGUUUCGAACUCUCAACUCUGUAUAGGGUCACGGGGUUUUCUACUUGUUCAUACAUGCUGUCUAGGUUGUUUUUACCAGCAUAAAGUAUGAAAUAUUUUUGGAAUACGGUUGUUUUAGUUAUGUUUAUGGUAUAUUAUGUUUUGAGGCUGUGUUGUUUGUUUUUUAUUUAUCCUGUGUGUUUUUAGAAUUGCACAUAUGUUCUGAAGGUUUAUUUUAUUCGAAAACAUUUCUUUUGCAUUCUUGUUAAUACACUCUAAAUUGUUGGUGUUGGAAGACACUAAUAGAUUGUUUUAUAUCAAAAACAUGGUGACAGAUUUCUUUUAAGACUGCUGGAGCAAUGAAACCUUUUUAUUUUUAUUUUUGAAUCCUUGUUUUACAUUCUCUAAAACCUAUAAUAAUUUGCACACCAAAUUAUACCCCUCUAUUUAUUUGUUUUAUAGUUUUUUUAAUAGGUUUUCGUUUAUCCUAAUGUAAGCGGCAAUAGCAGCGUGCCAGUAUGAAGGCCGAUCUUGGUUGUUUAAUACAUUCACAAUAUGACACUGAUAGCUCGAAUUCAUCUGGACCGGCCUCGGUAGUUUGAGGGAUCCGUAGUUGGAGGGAUAUCUUACAAAAAUAAAGAAGAAAGAAAAGAAAAACGGGACAGCAGGCACAGUUCAACGGAUGUGUGAUUUCGAGUCUUCUGUGUUCGACCUAUCCGUGGUAUACUGUGUUGGGUAAGAAUCUUCUGUCUGUUUAAAUAAUGACUUAAAAUAUUCUCUAUGAUUUGUUUCGCUGUUCUCUGCAUGUUUCUUUGUUUCAUGAAGGGCACUCUAAUUCUUAAGGCGGGCUAGCUGAUUUGACAAUCGUUAUAAUAAAAAUCUACCAAGUCUGAGAAAAUUCAUGCUGUCCAUGAUCAAACUAUGUUUUUUGCAUUCAUUUCUGCUCAGUUUGGCAUUUAUUACUUUAUGAAAAUUGGUGUUAUAAGGGAAAAUUUGUUAUGGAUACGUCAGUUGAAAAGUGGAAGAUGAAGCUGACUGCAUGCAAAACAUGACAAACAUUUCUUUUGAAAUGUUACUUUAGCUUAUUUCACUUUCCUUUGCACAUUUAUUUUUUUUCAUGAAGUUAACUCAAAGUAUAUGUGGCAUAUGACAUGGUGGAAUCAGGUGCUCGUCAAUUGGUGGAAAUGUAAAGUUAGUAGUAUCACCCCAAAGCUUGUUCAAUUGUUUUGCUUUUGCAGAAAAAGAAAUACCAAUCUUAUAUUAAAUAGAAGUAAAGAUAUCUGCGAUUGAACAAGGUUGAGAUCGAUUAGUGUUAGAGUUAGAGGGAAAAUAAGUGUGAAAAUGGCUGCUACUAGUUUUGGGAACUUUCAAAGUUAGAGUGUCCUUAAGAACUGGACAUUUACAUUUUUUGUGACUUUCACUUUCGUCAACUUUUUUCAGUUACAUCCACAAAGAAAUGUGUUCUUAAAUGAACACAAAAGUUGUUGAACCAAAGACAAUUAUAUAUUCAAUAAAAAUUGCACAACAGGCAGAAAAAUGUGUGUUUUUCCGAUUUGAUUAGUUUGAUACGUGCGGGAUUUCACAGCGAUGCCACAUAUAUAAAAUGAGCCAACUGGAUUGGCAUUAUGCCAUUGUUACAAUCAUAGUGAAAAUCUGCAAAGCCCUCGUUGAGUCAUCAGCAAAGUAUCACUACACUCAGUAUUUUGUUUAUGCUACAGAUCUUUGCCCUCGUCUCUAGCUCACUGUCAGUUGUUAUCACUGAACUUUUCUAUUUUCGUCAGUGAGCUGAAGACAAAUUAUGUAUGCCAUGUGUCAGUACAUGGUGGAAUCAGGCACUCAUUAAUUUUUAGUCAUACUACUCCGUUGGUAAAAUUUUAAAGCUUGUUCAUUUGACUUGCUUUUAAUGAUAAAAAAAAAUUGUGGAUAAAAGUUGAGUUACUUGCUGUCAAAGGAGAUGGAUGUUGCCUGAUGUCAGAGGUAAACCAACGAAAAAAUGGCCUCCAAAGACUUCCAAUGCUGUUAUGUCCUUGGACUCUAUAAAUUUACUUUUUUGUGUGCCUUUGAUCAAUAUUUCUUUUUAAGUAUAAUCCAUGCAAGAAUUUGUUUAUGAAUUACACAAUACAGUGUUUAGCAGCCCCCCCCCCCCCCCCAAAAAAAAUAAAA